UCCAGCUAUAAAUGCUAGCAGAGUGCUCUCAUGACAGAGAAUGCUCCAGAAGACAACGAGAGAAGCCAGUUGCUAUAGGGCUUUCUCCCUUUUCUCCCCUAAGCCUUCAGGCAGGCGUGCAGGACUACAAUGACAGCUACAACCCUAGCCAGCAGCGGACAGAAACUUUCUAAUACCAAAGAGGAAAGGAAGUUAAGAAAACCUUUGAUUGAAAGGAAGCGAAGAGAGCGGAUUAACAAUUGUUUGGAUCAGCUCAAGGAAACAGUUGUUGGAGCCUUUCGGCUUGAUUCAAAACUUGAAAAAGCAGAUAUCUUGGAAAUGACAGUAAAACACCUCCAGAAUAUCCAACACAACAGAAAUAUAGCAGAUUCUAAAAUGGGCCUUGAAGCUCAGCAGAGGUACAGCACUGGAUAUAUUCAGUGCAUGCAUGAAGUCCACAAUCUCCUCCUGACUUGUGACUGGAUGGACAAGACACUUGGAGCACGAUUAUUGAACCAUCUAUUGAAAUCCUUGCCCAAAUCCAAUGAGGAGGCUUGCAAGGAGAACCCGAACCCUUCCACUCCAGUGAAUGGCAAGGGAAAUACAACAGGUUCUAGCCAAUCUCAGGAUCAGAUGUAUCCAACUGAAGUCAAACUGGGAUUGAAAAAGUCAUUUCAGCCACAAUCAUCAUCACGAUGUAAUCAGCAUGAGUUGCCGCAUCCCAGGGAGAUUUUGCAACCUCAUUUUGCACAUAAUGGUGUUAACAUGGGGUCAUUGGAUAUGUGGAGACCAUGGUAAAAAAUAUCUUGGGGGAAAAUUCUUUCUAAUUUUAGACCCUCUUUUAUAUGUAUCUUAUAGAUAUGUCUCUUUAAAACACUUUUUGGAGCACGUCUGCUCCGGUAGGUGUACUAAAGACCAGGGUACUUCAAGCCGGAGGAAAUCUCUAUGUAGCCUCCAUUGUAGAAGGCUGCUAUUAUAUUGUAUUUAUUGAAUACAUCUAAAUUAUUUUACAAAAUCUUCUCUGUGGCUGCUUAGUAUACCGUAUUGACAUCUAAAAUUCCUUUUCCUACGUUAUUAAAAUUAACAAAGGAUUAAUAAAAAUAGAAACAAAUACAAGCCACUCUCAUUUGUCUCUGGUUUAUAAGAUAAUUUUUGAAACUCUCCUUAACACAUACACCCUUCCCACCCCACAACAAUAAUGUAUGAAAAAAAAGCUUAUUUCUAUUAAUUCUGUGAAAAUAAAUGAAAAAAUUGUCUUGUCUCU